CUGUCAUUCCCGUCCUGCCCGCGUUCAGUUCCUUAAUUCUGGGUCACAAGCCCCUCCCUCUCCCGUCUCCUCCGUCAAAUUCAAUUCCGUUCCAAUUCAAUUCAUUUCCUCUAUCCGUAACAAUUUAAUUUUCGACGAUCCCUUACCUAAAAAGUUUCCAUGCCUCGCCAAAUCCAUCUUAUUCCCUAUUAUCAUCACUAAAUGCAUUUCUUCCCCAAGGCAGACGCCGCGCUCCUCUCCUCAACUGUCGAUAAACAUUCCCUCCCUCCGCGUCCAAAGGCGAUCGGCCCCAUCUUCGAUGCCAACAACUUUAAGGUCCCGAUAGAGCCGUGGACUUCCGACGCCGAUUCGUCCUUCUACCCUCCGAAGCCAGAUCCGUUCGGCCCGUCGUCGAUACCGCAGGAGGCGCAUUGUGCGUCGUCUUCGAAGUAUGUGCGAUCACGCUUGGCGAAGAAUGAAAGGCUGAGGCUGUCGAUGCUAUGGUACUAUGCGAGGGAUCUGGACAACGAGCCUGAACUCCUCGCGGGUCUGCAGGAGAAGGCGUGCCUUGCUCAGGAGUCGUCGGACUGGGAGUAUGCUGUUGUCGGUGUGCUGGAUGUCAAUGUUUACAUUCGUCUGGCCACGGUAGGCCUUCAACUUGCUAUUCUUCCCCGUGGUGAAACCCUCUGCGCACAUACCGUUACUCAACCACCUGGAAAUGUCUUCCUCUUACCGAACAUGCUCGAAGACUGGAGGUUUCGCGAAUCGCCAUACGUCGAACACGGUGGACUCGUCGCAUAUGCCGGUGUCCCGCUGAGGAUGCAGCACGAGUCAGGUGAAUGCGUCGGACUCGGUUCGCUGUGUGUAGCGUCAGCGACAGGUCGAGAUCCGUUAUCCAAGACACAGCAGCUUGCACUCGCUCGAUUAGCCGACUGGAUCGUCCACGAUAUAAUACAAUGUGCACGAGCGCGACGCCAACGAGAACGUCACCGAUUUGUUGAGCUCAUCGCAGCAGUGCAACAAGAACCCGACGGCGAAGAUGUCCAGGAACCUAUCCUCCGAAUCCUCCGACAAGCCUUCCCCGACGAGUCAAUAAGCUUGCAGUCCACGGGUACCGAUCAAUCGACAAUCCCAUACCCCGCGACGACAUCAGAUUUGAAGCACGGGUUGUGGGAGGAUGACGAGUACAUUGAGGAUUUCAUCGCAAACUCCAAUUUCGACGAGCCACCGAAAGAUAGAGUAGUACGCUUCAUCUCAGCACAAUGCGAAACGAAACUUGGCCCCUCGGUCCUCGUCGUCGCGACAAAAGAUUUCCGAAGAAUAUUUGACGAUGUUGACUCCUGGUUUGUGCACACCUGCGCUACCAUGCUCACCCAGCGAUGGCAGAAACGUCUCCUCACAGAAGUCAUGCGAGCAAAAGAGAAGUUCCUCCGCGGUGUAUCGCAUCAGCUCCGAACCCCCAUCCACGGCAUCCUCGGCGCUGCAGAGCUAUUGACGGAGGAUCUAAGGGCAUUGACAGUGCCUGGAAGUUCGAAAUUCCAGCAUGGUGUAGAAGCUAUCAUGAAGCCGCUUGCUGAGCUGGGCAAGUCGUCCAUCUACCUCGAUACAAUAUCUACUGCAGGCAGAGAGCUCAUGUCGACCGUCAACAGUAUGAUCACUCUCAACCGCUGGGCUGAUAUCGCUGCUGCCGAACGACAAUAUGCUACGCAUGGUAUCGAGUCUCUGGAGACAUCACUCGUCAAGGCAUUGGCAGACUUCACCUUCAGGGACACGCGCACACGAGCACCCGUCUUCUUCCAUCACAACCUCACUUCUGAAAGCGAAGGCCUCCGAAUCGAUAUCAACCUCUUCCGAGACAGUAUCCUUCCUCUUAUUGUAAACGCUCUGCAAAACACGACCGAAGGAGUCGUGACCGUCACACAGUCCUAUACACAAGAUACAAAGACGCUCGUGGUGGAUAUUGAGGAUACAGGCUGUGGUAUUCCUCCUGAGGACCAAGGCCGUAUUUUCGAUCUGUACGAGAAGGUGGGCGAGCACUCGACUGGUGCUGGACUUGGUUUGACCCUUGCGACCAAGUUCUCAGCACUACUCCACGGCUCGAUUGAGUUGGUGUCGUCCGAGGUCAAUCGUGGUUCUCACUUCCGCGCGACGUUCCGCGACAUUCGCCCCUCUGCUUCUCCCAUCGAAACAAAAGCUCUGCAAUUCAAGCAUUUGCCAUUGAGCUACCGACACCUUCCAUCCGAUUCACCCGACGCGCACUUGUCCUCGAACCUAGCAAAAUACCUAGCCCGAAAUGGCUUCUCCUCAUCGAACGACCCCCAAGAAUGUCUCAACAUCAUUGACUACAUACGCGAUCCUACUGAACGAGAGAAAUAUCAUUCAAUACUACCGCAGGGACAAGUCGCUAUCUGUCUAGUCACCAAUUCGGAUGAAACCGACGUUCCCGAAUCAUGCACCAACAUUAUCUUCGUUGACGGACCUUUCUCCUCGUCUACACUGGACUCUGCACUCCGGAAAGCAGAUGAACUGUUAGCACGACUAAAGUCAACGCAAACAUCCCCACAACCAUCUCCCGCAUCCCUCGAAGAUCCGAAAUCCCUUCUUUCACCCCCCGACCAAACUCCCGAGAGCGAUCAAAAGUCCACCUCAGACGAAGGCUACGACUCCGUCACCAGCUCAUCAGUCGCCCACCAAACAACCGAAACCCUCCUAACCGACUCCCUCGCAAAAGCCGUAUCCCAAAUCGAAGCCGCAACAACCGACCUCCCCAUCCGCCCGCUCAUCCCCCCCACCACCUCAAAACCUAUGACCCUCAUCGUCGACGACAACGCAGUAAACCUGCGCAUCCUAGAAAUGUACUGUAAGAAGCGCGGGCUCCCCUACCUAAGCGCCAUAGAUGGGCACCAGGCAGUAGAGCUGUUUAAGAAGCAGCAGACGUCCGCGCCGAUCGACCUCAUCCUCAUGGAUCUCCAGAUGCCGGUUUGCGACGGGAUUAGCGCUACGAGGCAGAUCAGGGCUAUGGAGACGAGCAGCAAGGCGGUGCUGUUUAUUGUCACGGGGCAGGAUAGUCUGAUGGAUAGGGAGGCGGCGAGCAAGGCGGGUGCGGAUAAUUAUCUUGUUAAGCCAGUGGGGAUAAGGAUGCUGGAUAGUAGUCUUAAGAGGUAUUUUCCGGAUCUGGUGACGAGCUAGAAGAGGAGGAGGGGUCUGGUUUUCUGGGGGGGGGGGGGGGGGGGUUAGGUUAGAACAGUACACGAAUACCCAUGUUUUGUUCGCUUUUAGAGUUCAUUGUGUCUGGUGUGUUUACAUAGCGGUGUUGCGUAAGGCGGCGCAGAGAUUACAUUGUCAGGCAUGUUUUCACUCGAUGGAUAAUUUACUCCAAAGACAUCUCUGCAUUGACAUUACCCACGACGUGUCGGUGUAGAACGACCGCAUAGAUGUUCCUCCACCUAUAGCAUCGCAUUCAAGUUCGCCAAGG